ACCUAAGUAUUUUCUACCAGGUUAAGAGCGGCUAAUCGAUUCUAAGUAUGUACGCGUUAUAUGCCAAACAAGAAAGUGCUCAUGACGAUGGAAUUUGGAGCUGUGCAUGGUCUAAAAGUGAAAAUGAUGGCAACGAAUAUUUAGUUACAGGAUCUGUUGAUGAUACCGUCCGAAUUUGGAGAUGGUCUGAAAAUAAGUUGGAACAAAGGCACGUUUGCGAAGGACAUCAAUUGGGAGUUGUAUCAGUGGAUAUCAACGCCUUAGGAACAAGGGCUGUAUCUAACAGUUUAGAUUGUCAUAUUCGACUGUGGGAUAUCGAUAGUGGUAAACAAAUUCGUGUAAUUGAUGCAGGACCUGUUGACGCUUGGUCAGUGUGCUAUUCCCCGGAUUCUCGGUUUAUUGCGUCAGGAACUUAUUCUGGAAAAGUUAAUAUUAUGUCAGCUGAGUCUGGAAAUAAAGAGACUAGCUUAGAGACCAGAGGAAAAUUCAUCUUAAGUUUAGCUUUUAGUCCUGAUGGUAAAUACAUAGCUUGUGGGGCUAUUGACGGAAUUGUGAAUAUCUUCGAUAUGACAGCCGGUAAAAUAUUGCAUACCUUAGAAGGACAUGCUAUGCCCAUUCGUGGUUUAACAUUUUCAAGCGAUUCGCAAUUAUUAUUAACUGGCAGUGAUGAUUCACAUAUUAAAAUUUAUGAUGUACAAAAUGCCAAUUUGGCCGGAACUCUCUCUGGUCAUGGCUCCUACGUCUUGAAUGUAGAUUUCUCCCCAGAUAAUCAGCAUUUUGUAUCAUGUUCCUCUGAUAAGACUGUUAGAGUUUGGGAUUUGAGCUCAAGGCAAUGUGUUCAUACAUUUUAUGAACAUACAGAUCAAGUUUGGUGUGGAAAAUAUAAUCAAAGUGGCUCUAAAAUUGUUUCCGUUUCGGAUGAUAGAAAUAUUCAUAUUUAUAAUGUUCCAACAUAA